AUGGAUGUCAUUACCCAGUAUGCCUACAACGACAGCGUAUUCGAGAACGGGACAUGGGGCCUCAACGGGACGGAGCACGGGCCGAAGAACGUUUACAACUACUACGCCAUGCUGCUCACGCUGCUCAUCUUUGUCAUUGUGUUUGGGAACGUGCUGGUGUGCAUGGCCGUGUCCAGGGAGAAGGCGCUGCAGACCACCACUAACUAUCUGAUCGUCAGCCUGGCGGUGGCGGACCUCCUCGUGGCCACUCUGGUGAUGCCCUGGGUGGUGUACUUGGAGGUGGUGGGAGAAUGGCGCUUCAGUAAGAUCCACUGUGACAUCUUUGUCACUCUGGAUGUCAUGAUGUGCACGGCCAGCAUCCUUAACCUCUGUGCCAUCAGCAUUGAUCGGUCAGCUGACGUAGACAUCCCUUAA